AUGUUAUUACAGAAGAUGGAUUCCAAGUCUUCAAAGCAGGCAGAUUCCAUUUCCAUAGGAAAGGAAGAUGCCGGGUCCUUGAGGAAGGCAGAUCCCAUGUUUACAGGAAAGACAGAGCCUGUAAUCUUGGGGAAAGGGGAUCCUGCGGCUUCUGGAAGGAUGGAUCCUGUGACCCCAAGAAAGGAGGAUCCUGGAUCCUUGGGAAAGGUAGAUCCUGAGUGCUCCAGCAAGGUGGAUACAAUGUCCACAAGGAAGGAGUAUCCUGUAUCCUUGGGCAAAGUGGAUCCUGCAUUCCCAAAAAAGGAGGAGCCCAGGUAUUCAGGAAAAGACCUUCAAGUGUCCUCAGAAGAGGUGGGUCCUGCUUCUGCAGGAAAGACAGAUCUUGUAUACUUGGGAAAGAGAGAUCCUGAGCUCUCCGAAAAGGUGGAUCCCAUGUCCUUGGAAAACACGGAUUCUGCAUCUGUAGGAAAGACAGAUCCCAGGUCCUUGGGAAUGCUGACUCCAGGGUCUUCAGGCAAAAUCAAGCCUGUAUCCCCUGGAACAGUGGCUCUGGGGUCAUCUGGAAGGGUGGAUCCUACUCACUUAGGGAUGACAGAUCCUGCAUCUAUGGUUAAUGCAGAAACCGUGUCCUCUACAAAAGAGGACCCUCAGUUCCUGGGAAAGAUGGAUCCUGCCUCCUCAGGAAAGCAAGAGUCCAUGUCUAUGAGAAUGACAAAAACCAUGUCUACUGGACAGGUGGAUCCCAUGUUUUCAGGAAAGAUGGAUCCCACAUCUUUGAAAAACAUGGACCCUGUGUCUUCAGGCAAGACGGGUCCAGUUUCUUUGGGAAAAGUGGAUCCUGUGUCCUCAGGAAAGCCAGAGGCCUUGUCUCCUGGGCAGGCAGAACUUUCUGUGGGAAAGACAGAAACUGCAUCCUCAAGAAAGGAGGACCCCGUGUCCUCCAGAAAGGGGGAUCCCAUUUCUGUGGGAAAUACAAAAGCAUCAUCUUUUGGAAAAGUGAAUCCUGAAUCAUCAGGAAAGAUAGACCCUGUGUCCUCAGGUCCAGCGGGCCCCCCAUCCUCUGUAAAAGCUGAGGCAGUGACAGGAGGAAAAGCAGAUCCACUAUCUUCAGAAAAGUCAGGUCCUGUGGCCCCUGGGAAGGUGGGUCUCAUGGCCUCAGGGAAGGCUGAUCCCCCCACCUUGGGUAAAGUGGACCCUGUAUGCAAGGGAAAGGUAGAAACUGUUCCCCCUGGAGACAUGGACUCCGAGUCUGCAGGAAAGGUGGCCCCCACGACCCUAGGAAAAACAGUCCAGGCAUCCUUGGGAAAAGCAGAAGCUGUCCCAGAGGGAAAGGUGGAUCCUCUACCUCUAGAGAAGGGCAAUCCUAUGAAUUCCACGAAGGUGGAUCCCAGGGCCUCAGGGAAAGCAGAACCCAAGUCUGAGGGCAAAGCAGAAACAAGGCCCCCUGGGCAGGAGGGCACUGCCUCAUCAGGAAAAGCAGAGGCUAAAUCUUUGCAGAAGGAGAAGCCGCUGACCUCGGAGAAGGGGGAUCCUGGAUCCUCUAUCGUCUCUGGGAAGUUGGAGCCUGUAGCCCUGGGGAAGACUGACUCUGCGCCUCAGAGAAAAGGGGAACCCCCAUCCUCGGGGAAGCGGGCCCACCUGACUCUGGAGAAGGCGGAGGCCUCCUCCUCCAGGCAGGCAGAUUACAAACCCUGCGGCUCCGCUUCUCACCCCGCGGAUAGCGGGGGUCGCGUGGAGCCAGCGCCACUGCCCAGCUCCGAGGCCUGCAGCCUUGGCCAGAAGGACCCGGCGGCCAAUAGGGCCGAGAGAAGCCCGGGCCUGGAGGCCGUAGCGCCGUCGCCGGGGCCGCGAACUCGCGACAACUUCACCAAGGCGCCGUCGUGGGAGGCGAGCGCCACGCCGCCACGCGAGGACGCGGGCACGCAGGCGGGCUCGCAGGCCUGUGUGUCGGUGGCCGUGAGCCCCAUGUCUCCGCAGGACGGCGGGGGCGGCUCGGCUUUCAGCUUCCAGGCGGCGCCACGCGCACCCAGCCCCGCGCCCAGGCCGCCCUCUCGCCGGGACGCGGGCCUACAGGUGUCACUGGGCGCCGCCGAGACGCGCUCCGUGGCCACCGAGCCCAUGACGCCGCAGGCCGCCGCGCCGCCCGCCUUCCCCGAAGUGCGGGUGCGGCCGGGCUCCACACUGGCGGCCGCCGUGGCGCCCCCAGAGGCCGCUGAGCCGGUGCGCGACGUGAGCUGGGACGAAAAGGGGAUGACGUGGGAGGUGUACGGCGCCGCCAUGGAGGUGGAGGUGCUGGGCAUGGCCAUCCAGAAGCAUCUGGAGCGACAGAUUGAGGAGCACGGCCGCCAAGGGGCGCCCGCGCCGCCGCCCGCCGCGCGCCAAGGCCCGGGCCGUGUGGGCUCCGUGCGCACCGCGCCCCCAGAGGGCGCAGCGAAGCGCCCGCCCGGCCUCUUCCGCGCGCUGCUGCAGAGUGUGCGCCGGCCGCGGUGCUGCUCACGGGCCGGACCCACGGCCGAGUGA